CCUUCCCCUUCCGCCAUUGACAAAGAUUCUUCUCCGCUUCAAAUAGUCUUUCCCUCUGUGUCUGUCUUCCUCAGCGCCACCACAACGGAACUCCCUAUUUCUCCUUCCAGUGUUGUCUUCGCCGGGCGCCGUCACUGCAGAAACAGAUCGAUGGAGGAGGAUACCACCGAAACACAGUUGCGAGAUGUGCCUUGCGUUGCUGAUGAUGCCCUAAAGGAGGAACUUGGGGAUGAGGCAGAUAAAGAUCAAAACUUUAGUGAAACUCCCCUUCUUCUUGGCCAGGCGUCUAAUGCAGCUGUUGGUCACUCUGAAAAGAAGAAGAAGAUGCAGUUUUCGAGUCCUGAGACUGGAGAUGGAAGUGUCAAAAAGCGCAAGAUUUGGUUGCUCAAUGACUCUGAGGCACAGGGAGAUGAAGAAGCAGGGACGCCGGAAGAGCAGCAGGCGUUUCUCAUAGAGUUGGCGACCUUUCACAAAGAGAACUACCUGGAUUACAAACCUCUCAAGUUUUAUGGACAGCCUCUAAACGCUCUCAAGCUGUGGAGAGCAGUCAUUAAACUAGGUGGCUACGACGUGGUCACCACAUCAAAGCUGUGGCGGCAAGUUGGAGAAUCAUUCAAUCCUCCAAAGACAUGCACAACUGUCUCCUACACAUUCCGCAUUUUCUAUGAGAAGGCACUUUUAGAGUAUGAAAAGAGUUUAAGGAAAAAUGGCGACCUUAACAUUCCUGAUUCAACAUUCAACCUGUCUUCAAGCCUCCAGAAAGAGGUCAUUAGCCAUCAAGGUUCAGGAUCAGGCAGGGCACGAAGAGAUUCUGCAGCUCGUGCUAUGCAAGGUUGGCAUACACAGCGCCUUAAUGGAUCUGGAGAGUUUACUGAGACUACUGCUAAGGAUAAGGGCUCUAACUCAACCCCAAAGCAUAAGAAACUCAAAAGCAUUGGGCUGCCGAAACCUAGAGCACAAACUUGCAAUGACCUUGUUGUUUCACAAGAAGCAGAAAAACAGUCGGUUGCUGAUGUUGUUGAUGAUGGACCCCUUGCUGACUGGGUUAAGAUAACUGUCAAAGAAACUAAGAACUCCUUUGAGGUAUUUGCUUUGGUACCUGGACUUCUUCGCCAUGAGGUUCGAAUUCAAUCAGAUCCUGCUGGAAGGUUGAUUAUAACAGGAGAGCCUGAUCAGCUUGACAACCCUUGGGGCAUUACACCAUUCAAAAAGAUUGUUAGCUUACCAGCAAGAAUCGAUCCGCUGCGCACAUCUGCGGUCAUAAGCUUGCAUGGUCGGGUGUUCAUACGAGCUCCAUUUGAACAGUGACUGAUCUUCAAGAGUGAGCUCCUUGUUUUGUUCUUUAGAAAUUCAUUUAUAUCAGAACAAAAUUGUUAGGCGGCUGAAGCAGUUUUAACUUGUAAUUUAGUCUGAUGACUGAAGUUAAAAGCAGACAACCAAACAUAUUGUAUCUUGCUGUAUGAUUUUUCUUUUGUAGAAACUGCUCCAAAUCUUAUUUUAAAGCCUUUUUAGGAUGCAA